GGCUGGGCCGCGGGGCCGCGGGCGGGGGCGGGCGGGGGACCGGGAGCCGGGCGGCUCCGGGCGCCGCGCGCACACACCGGGCCGGCUCCCGAGGGCUCCAGCGCGGCCCCGGGGAGCGCGAGCGGGGAGCGCGCGGCCUGCGGUCAGCGGCCGGAAAGAUGGUGUCCUGGAUGAUCUCCCGAGCCGUAGUGCUGGUGUUUGGAAUGCUGUAUCCUGCAUACUAUUCAUACAAAGCUGUGAAGACGAAAAAUGUCAAAGAAUAUGUCCGCUGGAUGAUGUACUGGAUCGUCUUUGCCCUCUAUACAGUGAUUGAAACAGUGGCCGAUCAGACACUUGUAUGGUUUCCCCUGUACUACGAGAUGAAGAUUGCCUUUGUCAUUUGGCUGCUGUCGCCCUAUACCAGAGGAGCAAGUUUAAUAUAUAGAAAAUUCCUUCAUCCUCUUCUCUCUUCAAAGGAAAGGGAAAUUGAUGAUUAUAUUGUCCAAGCAAAAGAAAGAGGCUAUGAGACAAUGGUGAACUUUGGACGGCAAGGUUUGAAUUUAGCGGCUACAGCUGCUGUCACAGCAGCAGUGAAGAGCCAGGGAGCCAUAACGGAGCGCUUGCGAAGUUUCAGCAUGCAUGAUUUGACAGCUAUCCAAGGUGAUGAGCCUGUGGGACAGAGACCCUAUCAGACUUUGCCAGAAGCAAAGAGGAAAAGUAAGCAAGCCAUUGAGCCAGCAGCCUACGGAGCUCCACUGAGAGAUGGACGUGAACAAACAGAUGAAGAAGCCGAGGGGCCAUUCUCAGAUGAUGAAAUGGUGACUCACAAGGGGCUACGCCGGACCCAGAGCAUGAAGUCUGUCAAGACCAUCAAAGGCCGCAAAGAGGUGCGGUAUGGCUCACUAAAAUACAAAGUGAAGAAGAGACCUCAGGUGUAUUUUUAAUGUCUACACCUCACCUAUCUCAAGACAAAUAAUCCUAACAAAUCAACUUCACUUUCUAACAUGGUGUAUUUGGGACUUACACUUUAAAUCUUCCGAUUGUGGCAAUGACAGGACUUACUUUAAUAACUUCAAAUAGUUUGUGUUUCUUUAGCAAUUACUUUUAUAUAUAAACUGCUAAAUGUAGUUAUUUGAGGUUUAUUAAUGUACACGUAUAUAACAAUAGUUACAGAGAAUCAUGUUAUCUGAUUUCUUCAACAACAUUGAGUGUCUGGGAUCUAAGGCUAGAUCCCAGGGUAUACUUGAAAAGUCUCUAUUUCAGGGUACACCUUGCCCUUCUGGUGUCACAUUGUGUUUACACCCAUCCGUGCCGCCAACAUCUGUCACAGGAGAGCAGUGACAGCCACUGAGCAGCCAGUGUCCUAACAGAGACAUACUGGAAAGUGGUGACAUGCCCUUUACAUAAGCCUUAGACGCUUUCCACCAUGAGCAAAAAGAUUUUGAAACAGCUAUUUAAAACCAGAUGUCCACAUAGCACUUUCCUGGCUGGUUUUGCACACUUGAAAUUUGUUUACUUAUUUUAUGACUGUACAUUUACUUUAAAUUUUAUCAAUGCUGUCUUUUUUUGUUAUCUGUGAUAUUCUGACAUGUCAAAACUAUGCCUUGAAAUGCAUCAUCUCCUUUUCCUAUGCAUUUGUUUCAUUUGUUAAAUGCAUUUGAUUUAUAGUAGCGACACAUGGCUAACUUAAAUUUUUACUUUUUGUUUUGUUGUUUGAGAUAAGGUCUCCUGUAGCCCAAGGGUGGUCUUGAACUCCUGAUCUCUCUGCCUCCACCUCACAGUUGCUGGGAUAACAGGUAUAUAGUAUCACACCUGACUAAUUUAACUGUUUUUUAAUUAUAUUUUUGACAAAUAAGAAGUUAUUAAUAUUAACCGUUUCUAUAUUUGAGUUUCAUGUGUUUUUAUCAAUAAUAAUUACAUUAUUUUAUGUUUUUAAAAAUAGCUUUUGUAGAAGAGAGUCAAGACCAACUAGUGUAGCACUUAAUGGGGUAUUUUUGGUUUGGGGGGAUUUUUGAUGUUGUUUUGGGGGGAUUAGAGACAGGGUUUCUUUGUGUAGCCUUGGUUGUCCUGGAACUAGCUCUGUAAACCAGGCUAGCCUGGAACUCACAGAGAGUCACCUGACUGUGCCUCUCAAGUGCUGGGAUUAAAGGCUUGUGCCCACCACUGCCCAAUUGCGAUUUUCUUAUUCAUAAAACUGCCCAGUGACCAUACCCCAUUCUCAAGCUUGGCAGAGGCAGAUGCUGGCUUACAGACCUGGCAGUGAUUAAAGUCAUUUGAAUCUUUUUCUGGAUAUUAUUCCAUGAAGAUGAGUGUCCAAGUAGCACAAACAUAGUUGAUGCUACAUGGCACAGGCUUCCAGAAAAAGAACUUCUUUCUAAUCUAAGAGAUUUAGAGGGAUUGAACUCGGAGUCUCUUUUCAGCUUGACCUACUAUCUACAUUAUUGUGUAUUUGGGUUGAUGAAUAACCAAAAUUUCAAUAAUCAAACAAUGUUUACUUGGAGGUGUCUUGAGUGUCAUUCAUGCAUGGCCUCUUGAUGCCAUUCUGAAUAUUUCCUAAACUGACAUACAUUCUUAAUAUUUAACACUAAAUGAAAAUUCAAUUUUUUCCAAAAUUUAGUCUUACAUCUCCAUCUACUUUGCUUUGACUCACAGCCUCUUUGUCACUAGAAGGAUUCUUUAACAUCUAGUCAGUCAUCUAUAAAAUCAUAUGAUAAAUUACCAGAAAGAGUGUUAUGUAUUUUGCCUGGACCUGUCCUGCUCUAUACAAAUGCCAUGCUACAUGCUUGGUUUCCCAGGCAGAAGCAGUGUGGCCUGAUAACUCAUUUGUAUAAGUAAGUUACUCUGCCUCCAUAGGGACUGAUUGGCACCAUUUUAUCUUUUAAAAAGUCCAGUCUCAGUAUUAAACCUGCCCUUUGGAGCUGGUAGAUACAGUGCUUGACAUGUGCAAAUGCCUUGAGUUCAAACCCAGAAUCAAAAAAGAAAAAAUUAGUUAAAUUUACCCAUCUUUAAGAGGUUCAUGUACUAUGUUUGUUUUCCCUUUUGAUUGUUUUUUCUUUUCUUUUUUCUUUCUUUUUUGACAGAGUCUCACUCUGUAGCCCUGGCUGUCUUGGAACUCACUGUGUAGGCCAGGCUGAUCUCAAGCUUACAAAGAUCCACCUGCCUCUGCCUCCCAGGUGCUGACAGUAAAGGGUGUGUGCCACCAUGCCCAGCUUAUUUUGUUUUGAGACAAAGUCCACUCUAACCAGACUGAAAUUCACUAUAUAGCUCAGGCUAGCCUCAAAUUUAUUACUCUUUGUGCUUCAGCCUUCUAAGUGCGGGAUUACAGGUGUAUGCCACCAUACCCUACUUCACCGGCUUUUUAAGUUGGGAGAAUUAUUACCUUGUAGAAUCAAAAUACUCUAAACAAAGACACCAGCUGGCUCAGAACUAAUGAUGGCCGUCCAUAUCCCUGCCACUGGCAUGCUUACGUGGUGCCAUCUCUCCUGCUCUUGCGCUUUGGUUCUGUCCCCACAGUCAUAGAGUCACAGCAUACCCUUUUCUUUGAACUGAACUACAGGGCUUUUUUUGUUUUGUUUCUUUAAGUUGGAGCAGGUCAUGUUAUUUGUUUCUCUGCUUUUGAGUCUGCUGAUUUUUUUAAGAGAUGUCAAUUUACUCAUAGACCACAGUGCCUUGACUUAACCACGCUGCCAAUUGGUGUACCAGCAUGCAAUGCAUAAACCUGUUUAGGGCACUGUUUCUCUGCCUUUUGGCAUUUGUCUAAAAAUUAUAAUCAACUAGUAUUUUUAUCUGACUAUCUAGUCAUUCAAUGUGAUCACUAAUACUUAACUAUUCCCCAUACUUAACUAUUUGUUUAAGCAUAAGAAUUGAUAUAGUCUAUAUAUGUCUCUCUUUUUUUCUUCUUUCUUUCUGGCACUUAAGGGAACCGUAAGUACAGCUAGAGAGAUAGCUCAGUGUUUUCAGAAUGCAUACUGCUCUUACAGAGGACACAGGGUCAAUUCUUAGUACCUGUACUAAGUACAGGUAGUUCACAACUGCCUGCAACUCCAGAUCCAGGAUAUAGGAUACUGUCUUCUGAGUUCCAGGGGCACCAGCAUGCAUGUGAACAUACCACACAGAUAUACAUACAAACACAUAAUUUAAAAUUUAAAAAAAAAAAUGUGAAAAACUAAAAGGAACCAAAAAUAAGCUGAUUGCUAAAUGAGCAAUUAUAUAAACCCACUUCACUUCCCCGCCCCAGAUCCCAUCCACACAUAUCACUGUGUGUUUUAGAUGGCUAAAAAAAAUAAGGUCCUGCCACCACUGCAGGUAAGAAACUCUUCACUAACAUGGAUGGAGCGGAACUUACUACUCAUGUGUUUUCAGGGAUCUUAUUUCAUGUGUUACCACCAAAGACUUCCAUGGUGUUGUCAUGCAUGUAAAUACUCAAAAAUUCUGUCAAACAUUGGUUAAAUGUAUCGUCUUUCUAUGGUUUGGGGGACAUGCCUGAACCUUUAUGGUAUUACUAGAAUGUCUUAUAUUAACUAUAAGUGUUUUUUUUUUUUUUUUAACUAGAAUAGGAUAAUUUUUCAUUUAGUGUCUUCCAUUAGGAAAACUAAGGAGAUCUCAAUAGAUCUAAAUAUAGAAAUCUAAGUAUAGAUUCCAAAGCUAUUUCCUCUGUCCUCUCCUUUUUAGGUUGAUUUAUUUGUGAAACAGUCAGGUAAAUUUUGAGAAGAUUGUUGCUUAGUGGUUUGUAGUAUUUCUUAAGAAACAUGCCCUAAUAUUAAAGUUUUCUGAAAAGAAAGUAUCUUUUUGGCUAAGUACUUUUAAGACAUGGUCUCUUAAGGGUGUUCUGCAGAUUGAAUAUUGUAUGUCAACCCUUGACUCUGACUUUAACAGUUUUUCUUAUAAUAUUUUUUUAACUCUGUGGACUUUAAUACUUUAAGCAAAAAUGACUUUAUAAAUGUCUUUGUAAAAGCUCUGCAAAUGUAUUUUGGGAAUUUUUACAAUAAAGUAAACUCAUUAUAUUA